CUGUGGCGGUGGCUGUUCGCGGGGCGCUGAGGGCAAGCAGCCCGACGCGGACCACGCGCCUCUUUCCCCCGGCCGCGAGCCCGGGGCCUCCUGGCUUUUUGUAUUUGGAUUUUUUCCCUCCUUUCUCCAGCCGAGAGGACGCGGCUGUGAUAACGAAGGUUUUGUGUGGACAGUAAUGACCGCACGCUUCCGAUUGCCUGCUGGCAGAACCUACAAUGUCCGAGCAUCAGAGUUGGCCCGAGACAGACAGCAUACAGAGGUGGUUUGCAACAUUCUUCUUCUGGAUAACACUGUACAGGCUUUUAGAGUUAAUAAACACGAUCAGGGGCAAGUUCUGUUGGAUAUAGUCUUCAAGCAUCUUGAUUUGACUGAGCAAGACUAUUUUGGUUUACAGUUGGCUGAUGAUUCCACAGAUAACCCAAGGUGGCUGGAUCCAAACAAACCAAUAAGGAAGCAGCUAAAGAGAGGAUCACCUUACAAUUUGAACUUUAGAGUCAAAUUCUUUGUAAGUGACCCCAACAAGUUACAAGAAGAGUAUACAAGGUAUCAGUAUUUUUUGCAAAUUAAGCAAGACAUUCUUACUGGAAGAUUAUCCUGUCCUUGUAACACUGCUGCCCUUUUAGCUUCAUUUGCUGUUCAGUCUGAGCUUGGAGACUACAAUCAGUCAGAAAACUUGGCAGGCUACCUCUCAGAUUAUUCUUUCAUUCCUAAUCAACCUCAAGAUUUUGAGAAAGAAAUUGCAAAGUUACAUCAGCAGCAUAUUGGCUUAUCUCCUGCAGAAGCAGAGUUUAAUUACUUAAACACAGCACGUACUUUAGAACUCUAUGGAGUUGAAUUUCACUAUGCAAGGGAUCAAAGUAACAAUGAAAUUCUGAUUGGAGUGAUGUCAGGAGGAAUUCUGAUUUACAAGAACAGGGUACGGAUGAAUACUUUUCUGUGGUUGAAGAUUGUAAAAAUUUCUUUUAAAUGCAAACAGUUUUUUAUUCAACUUAGAAAAGAAUUGCAUGAAUCUAGAGAAACAUUACUUGGAUUUAAUAUGGUGAAUUAUAGAGCAUGUAAAACUUUGUGGAAAGCGUGUGUAGAACAUCAUACAUUCUUCCGCCUGGAUAGACCACUUCCACCUCAAAAGAACUUUUUUGCACAUUAUUUUACAUUAGGUUCCAAAUUCCGGUACUGUGGGAGAACUGAAGUCCAGUCAGUUCAGUAUGGGAAAGAAAAGGCAAAUAAAGACAGGGUAUUUGCAAGAUCUCCAAGUAAGCCUUUGGCACGGAAAUUAAUGGAUUGGGAAGUAGUCAGCAGAAAUUCGUUAUCUGAUGACAGGUUAGAAACACAAAGCCUCCCAUCCCGGUCUCCACCUGGAACUCCCAAUCAUCGGAAUUCUUCAUUCACACAAGAGGGGACCCGGGUUCGACCGUCAUCUGUUGGUCAUUUGGUAGACCAUGUGGUUCACACAUCCCCCAGUGAGGAUUUUGUAAGUCAGAGAUCUCCAUCAUCAACGCAAGCUAAUAGCAUAGUUCUGGAAUCAUCACCAUCACAAGAGACCCCUGAAGAUGGGCAGCCUCCAGCUUUACCACCCAAACAAUCUAAGAAAAAUAGUUGGAACCAAGCUCAUUUUUCACAUUCUCAGCAAGAUCUAGCCAACCAUACUAAUGAAUCCUUUGAUGUGCCCUCUUCCCCUGAAAAGUCCACUCCCAAUGGUGGCAUUCCACAUGAUAACCUUGUUCUAAUCAAAAUGAAACCUGAUGAAAAUGGAAGGUUUGGAUUCAAUGUAAAGGGAGGAUAUGAUCAGAAGAUGCCUGUAAUUGUGUCCCGGGUAGCACCAGGAACACCUGCUGACCUUUGUGUCCCUCGAUUGAAUGAAGGGGACCAAGUGGUACUAAUAAAUGGUCGGGACAUUGCAGAACAUACCCAUGAUCAAGUAGUCUUGUUUAUUAAAGCUAGCUGUGAGAAACAUUCUGGGGAACUCGUGCUCCUAGUUCGACCUAAUGCUAUAUAUGAUGUUGUGGAAGAAAAACUAGAGAGUGAGCCCGACUUCCAGUAUAUUCCUGAGAAAGCCCCACUAGAUGGUGUCCAUCAUGAUGACCCUUCCCUGCGGGAGUCAAUGAUCGAACUAGCUGAGGGGCUUAUCACUGGAACAGUACUGGCACAGUUUGAUCAAUUGUAUCGGAAAAAACCUGGAAUGACAAUGUCUUGUGCCAAAUUACCUCAGAACAUUUCCAAAAACAGAUACAGAGAUAUUUCACCUUAUGAUGCUACACGGGUCCUUUUAAAAGGUAAUGAAGACUACAUCAAUGCAAACUAUAUAAAUAUGGAAAUUCCUUCUUCAAGUAUUAUAAAUCAGUACAUUGCUUGUCAAGGGCCAUUACCACAUACUUGUAAAGAUUUUUGGCAAAUGACUUGGGAACAAGGCUCCUCCAUGGUUGUGAUGUUGACAACACAAGUUGAACGUGGCAGAGUUAAAUGUCACCAGUAUUGGCCAGAACCCUCAGGAAGCUCAUCCUAUGGAUGCUAUCAAGUCACCUGCCACUCUGAAGAAGGAAACCCUGCCUAUAUCUUUAGGAAGAUGACACUGUUUAACCAAGAGAAAAAUGAGAGUCGUCAACUCACUCAGAUUCAGUACACAGCCUGGCCUGACCAUGGAGUACCUGAUGAUUCAAGUGACUUUCUGGAUUUUGUUUGUCAUGUACGAAACAAGAGGGCUGGAAAAGAAGAGCCGAUUAUUGUUCACUGCAGUGCUGGAAUUGGAAGGACUGGGGUUCUUAUUACUAUGGAAACUGCCAUGUGUCUCAUUGAAUGCAAUCAGCCAGUUUAUCCACUAGACAUUGUGAGAACAAUGAGAGAUCAAAGAGCCAUGAUGAUCCAGACCCCUAGUCAAUACAGAUUUGUAUGUGAAGCUAUUUUGAAAGUUUAUGAAGAAGGCUUUGUUAAACCAUUAACAACAACAUCAAAUAAAUAAGAAAACAAAAAGGUUGGAAUAAGUAUUGGGAAACUGAUUUUUGUUAAUGUUCACUGUGCCAUAAUACUGCUUGCAGGAAAUGGCCUCUCACACAAAAAGUGAAGACUCAAAAAGACUUCGAGCACUUCAGCACUACUGCACUUUAAGUUUUAAAAAGUCACUCAAAACCUAUUACUCACAUGUUUGACUAUUUCGUGCUUUGCUCUGAACAAAUAGUGGAAACUGAAUAUGUUCAGGGUAAUUUAUGGAAUUUUGAAGCGUUGCCAUGCAGUCCCCUUUGGUAGAAUUGCCACAGACAAGGCUCAGAGUUCUCAUCUCUAUUACACACCUGUACCUUGAAAGCAAAAAGGAGUAAUCAUCAGGAGUCUGCUCUGGUCUUUUUCAGUGGUUCAUGUACUCACUCUACUGAUUACCAGAUUUAUUUUUCAAAUGUUAGCAAUACCAUUCUCAACAUUAGCCAGUACACUGCCUGUGGAUGCAGCACAUCUUCCCUGACAUCCCAGUAGGGACCUGCUGUUGAGAAGAAAAUGGGAACUUGCUGUUCCCAGGAUAUGCUGCACAGUGUCCAUUUACCAGCAUCUUAUAGAAAUAACUAUGAAUCUACGGAUUUUCUUGGAUUUAAUAAUGUAACUUAUAUUUAUCAUAAGGUUGGCUUAUUCCAAAUCAUGUGAUUUCACAUUCUUGAUGUAAAGGAAUGCAUGCAUUGUGUCUUAACCCCUUAAGUGCCUUGAGAUAUCUGUCUAAUGAAAAGGCACUCAUUUGACCCCCAUAGGAGGUAUGUAUGUAUACUGUACAUUCUUAUAGUUUUAUGAAUUUUUAAUAACUUCACAGUGUUUUAAAAAAACAGCUUCUUAUGUUGAGAGUUAUACAAACAAAGAAGGGUAAGGACAUUCUGUUUCUUACUCAGUGCUUGCUUGUAUUUUGCCAUAAAAGCCAGGAUAUCUGUAUUCUUCUGAGAGUGCAUCUGCUGCUAUGGAAUUGUUCACAAUCUAUACAUUCCUUUACUGAGGGACAGGGGUUAAAGUUUAGCAGCUUAACUUAAAAAGAGGGUUUAUUCUUCAAAUUUCAUAUUUAUUUUAAGUUAAAAAGUGAUGUUUAACAUGUACAUUAGAGAUAAAUAUAUUGGUACUCUUAAGAUAUAGUGGCAAAGUUAAUUAGUUGGGUUAUCAACAUGUAUAACUAAAGUUUUGCCCUGAAACAUCAUUCUAGGUCAUAUCAGGCUGUCUUCACACUGCUCUUUUCAUUGGGAUUCUUCAGACAAGGAAUUAAACACUAUUGACUUUCUCUAAAUGUGACCCUCCAUAAUAGUAAAAUGCCAGUUUUCUUGUCAUCUAGUUUAUUUAUGCCUACUAAAUUAUAAGCAUGUCAGUGAGUCCAUCUUGAUGCAAGAUCCAGUUCCCAUUAUAGAUGUCCUUGUUUUUAAGUCUGUGGAGACAGAUUUUUAAAAUUGCACAAUUUAAUGUGAGAACUUGCUCACCUGUUGACAUGUUAUUUCAUAGGAUAUGGUUAAAAUGGAUACAUUUGCUAGUGGUUUCAGAUCACUUCUAUAGUCUUAAUAAAACAUAGGUUCCAAUGGUAGAUAUUUUGGAAAGCUAUUUAGUUGGGGGAAUGAUAAACAUUUAAAAAUCUUUAGUUAAAUACAAAUUAUUGUUUCAUGUAUUCAGAAACCAUAAUAGUAAAAUUCAGAAAUUAAGCUUCUAAAUAUUAAUUGCCAGGGUACCAAAUAAAUUGUCACUUAUAAAUAUUUCUUGUCUUGCUCUUUAAAGAAAGAAAUAGACAUAAUCUUUACAUCAAACAGAAGUCCCCUUAUACUGAUUUCACAUGCAAGACAAUAUAAGUUAGUCAGUGAACUAUAAUUAUGCUCAGACAUUCCAUUUUCUACCCAGAGGCAAAUGUAAUUUUGGCUGGUAGGAUAUCAUUACAAGUUACAAAGGGAAACCAAGUUGGAGUUCUCUACAUUAUAAAGUUAUUUUAUUUCAUUGGUGGAUUUUAGCCUAAAUUUUAAAUCUUGCCGUGUAGGUAGAAGAAGGUGACAACCAUAGACCGAAAGAGAAAAGCUGUAUAGAAAGGCAGUGUCAUGAUUCCUUUGCUCUUUAAUGUAAAGCUUUGCGUACAUCUCUAUAGUUAGCACUGCUAUGAGUAUUGCUGCCUUUUAAAUCAGCAGUGCUUGUUUUUAAGUGACAAGUGUAGAAUUAAAUUUAAAUUUCUCAUAGCAAUUUCUUAUCUGAGAACUAUGCUCCAUUAGUAUUUUAUAUGUGAAAACAGCCCUUUUAGAACAUUUAUUAGGAUCUUAAACUAAACUUAGCCUUCACAAAUUGUUAAUAUGGAUAUGCUAGUUAAACUUUCCUAGUUACCUAACCUAUAACACUGUCCUUUACACUUAAGCACCCAAUCAGUUUAUUAAUCUAAAUAGGUUUCUAGAAAUGUUAGUUUUCAUAUGCCAAGUAGUGCUACACUCCAUACAUAAUGAUGUAAUAUUGUGUGACAAAAACCAAAUUUCUUGAAUCAAACUACUUUUCCAUUUCUCUCACCACCCUUAAGCCCACACUCUAUCAAACUCAAGAAAGAAUGCAUUUCUUCUUACAAGUAAAAAGUCAGUAUUUGUGAGUCAGGGCUUUUGUAUAUGCUAAAAGUAAAUGUGAAAGUUUUCCCUCUCUAAAUUCACAUGGUUUUUCUGCUUCUUUUUUUGGGCAUUUGACUUUGUCAGCACUACCUAGAUGCUCUGUUAGAGUAGACUUUGCAUUUACAAAAAGAAUAGGUUGUAUUUGUUAAACUAAUCGAUUCAUUCAAAAGUGAGGCAGAAUAAACAGCCCAAGAAAAGCUUGUGUGAAGUUUGCUGGGACAAAUAAUUGGGAAAGAUCAAUGAUUGAUCAUUUUUACUUAAGAAUAAAGGUAGCAUUGUAUGAAAAUUGACUUCACAUGCAGUUAUGCUAAGCCAUUAGGACAGUUGUUGGAAAGUUUUGGGUACUACUGUACGUGCCUUCAUAGAGAAACAUCAGUGCAUUGGUUUGCAUGUGUACUUCAUAAAGACAUGUACACAAAGACUGAAUGGACUUUUAACCAUGGGGUUUAUAUCUCUUGGCAGGUCUGACCAAGUCUAAUGAGUUAUUUGAGCAAAAAAAUCUCUUGUCUCACUAGGAGUAAUACUACAACUUGAGAGCUAAAAAUUUGAAAGGUUUUGUCCAGUGUCUAUGUCCUUGUUAGGAAGGACCAUAGGCCCAGCAAUUAAUUUAGCAGAAUCUGGUCAUCUUCAGGUUUCCUAAUUCUCAACUUAGUAUCACUGUAUUAGGCUAUAACUUCAGUAAAUUGUGAAUAUGAUAAAUGCUUGUAAAGGUUAUCUAUUUCUACUUGGGAAGCAUGCUCAGUGUUGUCACUUCGAACCUUUGACAACUUAGAAGUUUGAAAGGAGACUUCAAAAGUGAUGCCGAUUAGGACUUGGACUCAGUUUGCUGGUGCUUCCCUGACAGAUUAGCAUAAGCUGUUGUGAAAUAUUUAGGCUGAUGCACAUGUAGUAUAAAACUGAACUGCAAGUAGGAAAGCAUUUUUAAAGCACUUAAAACAUGGAACUGAGAUUUAGAACUUAUACCUACCUUCAAAAUAAUAUAUUCAUGUGAACUUGUGAGAAAUUGGAAAUAUAGCUUGUUUAGCAGGAAGAGAGAAGGAAACAUGAACUUAUAGCAGUAUGCUAUUUAAUGUCUGUGUUUUGAAUAUUUAAAAUAUCUGAUGGUAAAGUUGCCAAAGUAGUUUUGAAUUCAUGUAAGUUGUUUAUACUACAACAAUGUGGGAUAUGUUUACAGGCUUUAUAGUAAUUACUUUGUAGUUCUGAUGAAGUUUGUAGUUUGUAUUUAAGUCAUUUUUAGUAAAUGUAUGAUGAUGAAUACUUGCUGGAAUAAAUAUCUCCGUAAUAUAGCAAAAUGUAUCUAAGUAAUCCCACAGUCUACUUUCCUACAAGGUGCUGUAUCCAGAAAGCGAGUACUUUGUGUUAGCAUCGCUCACAUCUCACAUUUGCACCAACCAUCCAGCUGCCAUUCCCGGAACUGUGUGUGGUGCUUCCUCCAAGGAAAACAGCUGUGUUAUUAUAAUUAAGUGGAUUGAAUUUAUCAACUAUCAGAAUUACUAAUCUAUUAACAGAUAUUUAUUUGUGUCUCAGUGUGAUCACAAAUCGUAGUGACUUUUAUGAAAUUCUCAGAGAAUUAUAUACAUGCAAACAAAGUUAUGUAAUUGUAAAUCUUCUUGAGGGCUAAUUGUUAAUAGAUAAUUUCAUCAAUUUUAAAAGUAAAAGAAAUCUGUCCCAGAAUUAUAUGUUUUGGGUUCUGCUUUUUACCACAGUUCUUAUUUUGCAUGGAUUUCAUUUACUCUUAGUAGUAAUUAUUAUAUUUCUCUAUGUUAACAGAAACAACAACCCAUAUAUUCCAGCCCACAAUUACUUGAUUUUCAUGCCUUAUUGAAUUCUUUUGAGUAGAUACCAUAAAGUUAUUUUCUGUUUCCAUA